AUGUUCAUCUUAUUUAUUCUUCUAGUAACAUUUGUAUCUGGAAUUGUCCAGGAAAAAUGUACUCCUUUGUCUGGAAACAAUGCAUAUCGAUGCAUAAAGAACCUAAACGAAAUCGACGAGCUUACUCGUACUGUCAAUAUAUACUACGAAGAUGAGAGAUCACAAGUCAACGAACCAUGUUUGGAAUUCAAAAAAUGCUAUGAAAAAUUGAAAUGUGAUAUGGACGACGACAUUUUGAAGACAAUCACAAAUAUGGUUGCAUUUUGCGACGUCAUAGAAUUCCAUCAAUCCAACGAAUUCGCAGAGUGUGAUGAUAAAAUUGGAGAGAAAAAUUCCACAUGUAUCUCAGACUGGGCACCAUUCCCGCCUGCUGUUCCAGAUGAUGAGGAAAAAACCAAGAAAGUCUAUCAGAAAGCCUGUGAGAACUUUUUCGGAGCAGACAGAUGUGUUGAGAAGGAAGUGACGGAAAACUGCGGGAGCGAAAUGUGGAAUCUGUUCCAAAAGCAUUAUCUGGCUCUGAAUAAUUUGUUUGAAUCUUGCGAUUUGGAUGAGAUGGGAAACAUUCGCACCUAA